CUAAUUGAAAUCUGUGAAAUUAUUGUUCGGCCGAACGCUUUCAUACAUAUUUUAAUUUCUUCCAAUAAUUUCCAAUUUCUUCUCGGGCAAAAAUGAGUUUGUGAGUCUGAAAAGAAAAAUUAGAACAGCUUGGACGCCAUUUUGGGCCAAGUAGAAGAAGAAAAAUAACAACAACAAGCAAGUGUUCAAAAGUGCAUUAAAAUCAUCACAUCAACAAUAUAAUCCAAAAGAAAUCAACUCAAAUAUACGAAACAUUGCAAGAAAAGCCCAAGGAGGCCCACCAAAUGAUAAUGUAAAAAAGAAUAAAUUAAAACAAGAGCAUACAAAACAAAGCUCAUAAAUAUCAAGAACUUUGCAACGUAAACAAUUAACCAACAACUCGUUAUUAAUGCAUUCCCCUAAAUAUAAAUCAAAACGAAAACCCAAAACUAAGAAAAAAACAAUUAAAUUCCAAAUAACUUAGAAAGGGAAGAGAAGAAACAAAACAAAACGAAAGAGAAAAAACAACAACACAAAGAAGAGACUUUUUUUAAACUAACCCUAACAACAACAACCAACCAACCAAUCUACGAAACAAAGUCAAAGCAUUUGUUUAUUAUUUGUAAAUUAACUCAAUAAGAAUCUCUCUCUCUCUCGCUAACCAAAUAAGCAAUUAAGUAACAUCUUGAAUAAUUCAUAAGUACACCCAUACAUAGAUUAUUGAAAAUCUAAGUAAACCACAUACAUACAUACUACACAAAACAUCAACAUCAACAUCAAAACGACUACAGCUGCAAAAUAGCGAAAGCAUUUUUUUUAAUAUAACAUAACUAAAAUUCAAUCUACAAACAUUCUGUUUCAAACUGUUCACGACGUCCAUCACCAUCGAAAAUGGCGCCCACAACGACUAUCGAAACCAUAACAAUCACCCGACCGUUAAAGGUCAUUGCAUUUAUAUGUGGCGUUAUUGUUAUACUAUUAAUGAUUAUGGCAUUGGCAUCCACCGAUUGGCUAAUGGCUGAAGGCUGGCGUCAAGGUCUAUUUGUACACUGCAUCGAAGAGGAUGUAUUGCCACCACUUCCAUUUAAUAUAAUCGAUCCUCCAGGCUGUUAUCCCAGUCGUGACGUUUUUUAUAUCAAAGCAACAGCUGUCCUAUGCGUUAUAACACUAAUAACAGAUGUUAUUGCGACAAUAUUAACGGGACUUGGCUUAAAAACCCAAAAUCACACAUUAAAAUAUAAAUUUUAUAGAAUUGCGGUAUUAGUAAUGCUAUUAUCAUUAUUAGCUGUAUUAUCGGCCUUAAUAAUCUAUCCCGUAUGUUUCGCUGGAGAAUUGAAUCUGGCGAAUCGACCAAUUUGGGAAUUUGGCUGGGCCUAUGGCGUUGGCUGGGGCGCUGCCAUUUUCCUAUUUGGAGCUGUUGUUCUUUUACUAUGCGAUAAAGAAUCAGAGGAGAUCUACUAUAAGGAAAGAAAAAUUGUACAUGAAAACCAAAUGCGCGCCUAGGCCAGGCCGCACGACCUGCCUGACGUCGUUCUUUAGACAUAUAAGUAUACUUUUUGAAUUGAAAACGAAACAAAUUUUUAACGAUUAUUAUUAUUAUAAUUAUGAUUAUUAUGUAUUAUUAUUACAAUUAUUAUGAUUUACACAUAUCGUUUUUUAUGACUCUCUCUCACUCUCACUCUCUGUAAAUGGUUUAAAACAAUUUUUAUCGAAACGAAAAAAGAGAAAACAUACAAACUUUCUUCCAUUUAACAAACACACACUUUUGUCCAUACCUAAAAGUGAACCAAACAAAAGAAAAAGAAAAACAAUCCCUUUCAAAAAGGGACCAAAAGAAAUCCUGCAAUUAGUUUAUGUUUUUUAUAUUGUUUUCCUUCUUUAUAUGAUUUAUCAUACUACUCAUACUACACCUACUCAUGGUAAACAGCAUAUAAUGAACCCGAUUUGUUUUUUUUUUGUUGUUUUCAUUACACCUUAAGAAGAAGAGAAGAAACACACAAAAAAGUCACACAUUAAAGCAUAAAUUUGAUACAACAACAAAUCAGUUAAACGUCAAAGAAACCCUUUUCAAAAACAAGAUGAAAAGUAACGACGACAACAACAAUUACACUACAUUAACAAAACCAAA